GUCAUCUUAUUUUGAAAAAUCCGCCACGCAGCAGGUAUUACUUCCGUCUCAUUCGUGGGAGUCCUGCAAUGAUCUGUAAACAAUGUCCAAUAAAGAAGUGAAAGCAGCUUUGAAAAGUGCCAGAGAGGCCAUUAACAACAAAGAGUUCAAAGAAGUCUUGAAGCACUGCAAGGCUGUUCUGAAACUUGAAAAGAACAAUUACAAUGCCUGGGUGUUCAUCGGCAAGGCAGCCAGUGAGCUGGAACAACCCGAUCAGUCACAAGCAGCCUACAGGAAAGCGGUGGAGCUGGAGCCUGAGCAGCUGCUGGCCUGGCAGGGUUUAGCAAAUCUUUAUGAAAAUACUGAUCAGUGGGAUUUCAAAGAUGAGCUGCCUAAUGUCUACCAGAAGCUUGUGGAGCUUUAUGCAAAGACGGAUAAAACUAAAAGCUACGACUUGAUCAAAAAGCUGUCGGACAUUUACCAGUCUGACCGGGAAUAUUUGAAGCUGGCUAAGGUUUGGCUCCAGCUCGUCCAGCUGAAGGAGGAAGAGGGCGUGGAUAAGAAGGAGUUAGUGCAGUUACUGCAGAAGAUGACCCAUCUCCUCUCUGACUGCAUCGGCGAUGAGGAGCAGGACAACGAGACUCAGCAGCACUUGAUAAAGGCAUUUGAGAAGGCCAUGAUUCUCACUGAGCCUGUGCCUGGAGAGGAGCACAAGAAGCUCUCGGCUGAUUAUAUUAAAUGUCUUUCCAAACUGCCACACGAAGAAAGCAAAAUGAAAGAGGCUUGUCAGUCCAUGUUGUCUGCGUACCCAAACCAAACCUAUCCUCUGGACGUCCUUUGCAGCCACUAUCUCAAAACAAAUAACAUGGAUGGGGAUGCAGUCAGCUGUUUUUCCCGACUCCUGGAAAUGGCCCCCAACAGUGGAUUGGGCCACUUGGGUCUCGGUACCAAGGCUCUUCUGGAGGGAAGGUAUAAAGAAGCCGUUGAUGAUCUUGAAAUAGGAGUAAAGAAAAUGAGCUCAGCAACGGGAUGGUGCAGCCUGGCAGAGGCCCAGUUUAAAAUACACAGACACUCCGACAGCGCUGCUUCAUGCUCACAAGGCCUAAAAGUUUGUAGUACUCAAGAUAAGGAGCUGAGAGACAAACUCCUUCGACUGAAGCUGGAGGCUUUAGUGAGAAGUGAAGGAGAGCAGGCUGCCAGUCAGGCUCUGGAGACAUUCUCACAGAUUACUGAGGCUGAAAAAGAUCCGGUUCUGUUGGCCCUGAAAGGACGUGCAUACCUCAACAAAGGACAGACCGAUCAAUCACUCAAGCUUUUGUCAGAGCUGGAAGUCUCCAACCCAAACCUGCCGCAGGUAUUGGCUCUGAGAGGACUGGCACAUGUAGCUGAAGGUCAGCUUCAGCUAGCAGAGCAGAGCUUCUUACAGGCUACAAAGCAGACCCCAGACAGCGGAGAGUACUUCUUCUUCCUUGGAAAACUUUAUUGGGACAUGGGCUCAGAGACCCGUAGAGACCGGAGUAAAACUCACACGCACUUGUUAAAGGCAGCAAAGUUGGAUCCGCACCUCGGCUGUGCAUUUCGCUACCUUGGCCAUUAUUACCGGGAGGUGGCAAAUGACGUCGCUCGUGCGCAGGGGUGCUACAGGAAGGCUUUCCAGUUAAACAGUGGCGAUGCCGAAUCCGGAGCUGCUUUGGUGGAUCUCAGCAUGGGGCAGGGAGACAUGGACAGUGCAUUGGCAACCCUCGAGUCGGUGACGGAGAAAGCCACACCGGGCUCAGCUAAGUGGGCCUGGAUGAGACGAGGCCUGUACUACCUGAAGGUCGGAGAACACCAACAAGCCAUAGCAGACUUGCAGGCUGCUCUGAGGGCAGAUCCCGAGGACUGGGUUUGUUGGGAAUGUUUAGGCGAGGCCUACCUCAACCGACGGAGCUUCACAGCGGCUCUGAAGGCCUUCGGCAAGGCACAUCAGCUCCAGCCCAGCUCCAUCUACAGCGUCUACCAGGCAGCUGCCAUCAAACAGACGCUGGGAAAGUUCAAGGAGGCCGUGGAUGAGUAUUUGCAAAUCACAACACAGCAGGACUAUGUUCCUGCUCUGAAAGGCCUUGGGGAGUGCCAGUUGUCUUUGGCAAAGAGUUUAAUGGAGGACUGCAGAGAUGGAGGCGCCAUUGACCUCAUUCAGCAAUCCAUACACAACCUCUUUAGAGCUGUGCAGCUGCGACCAGACCUGUCUUGUUUGUGGAAGCUGCUGGGAGAUGCGUGCACCGCUGUCAGAGUUGUUGCGCCAAGCAGGGCUCAGGUUGUGGUGCCGACCUUGCUGUCUGGAUUUGACUCCAGCGCACAGGAUCACACGCUGAACCAAGCUCAGACGCUCAAAGCUGGCGAGAGGUGUUAUGCCCAUGCUUUGAAGCUGAUGCCUGAGGUUGCCAGCCUUUGGUGUGACUUGGGGCUAAAUUAUUACCACCAGGCCACAAACUCACCCCGCCCUACAGAUGAACACCAAAACUCUUUGAACCUGGAGAAGGCACAACAGUGCUUGAAAAAAGCUAUCCAGAUGGAGAGUGGGAACUAUAGCUACUGGAAUGCCUUGGGGGUGAUUUCCAUGUCCAGAGGUCUGGAGAGCUAUGCUUUGGCUCAGCAUUGCUUCAUCAAGUCCAUAGAAGUUGAGCCAAACAAUGUUGUCGCAUGGACAAACCUUGGUACGCUGUAUUUAAAAAAGGACAACAUAGAGCUUGCGCACGAAGCCUUCAAAAUUGCACAGUCUUUGGAGCCGCUGUAUGUCAACUGCUGGAUUGGACAGGCGCUGAUCGCAGAACGCGUGGGAAGCUACGACACUAUGGAUCUCUUCAGGCACACCACUGAACUCAGCACACAUAUGGAAGGGGUCAAAGGUUACGCCUACUGGGUUUGUUCCACGCUUCUGGAUAAGAGCAACAGGGACAGUGAGCUGUACCGCUACAACAUUGUGCAAAUGAACGCCAUCUCUGCUGCUCAUGUAGCCAUCUGCAAGUACACAGAACGAAUCCAGUCUGACCCGGACGCCUUCAUUAUGCUGGGUUACCUUAACGAACAUCUGCAGCUGAAGAGGCAGGCCUUACAAGCAUACCAAAGAGCUGUUGAACUUCUUCGGUCCUCGUCCUCUUCAGAAGUGUUGGUCUUUUCACUCGGCAGCUGUGCUCGUGCUUUAUGCAACUCGGGCCAGUGGGAGGAAGCAGUCCAGGUUUAUAAGUCCACUCAACUCCAGGACCUCAGUGACCUGGUAGGACUGGCUCUGGCCUACUGCAGGGCAGGACUCUACCCAGAAAGCAUUAGUGUGUAUGAGCGAGCCUUGGCUGUGACCUCCAGCGAGAAGGAGAAGGCUUACAUACUGACUGCUCUGGCCCUGCUGCAGCACCGACAGGGCAACCUAGACUCGGCCAAGACGCUGCUUUUCAAAUGCUCGGUGUUGAAGGAGCCCAUCCCGGAGUCUCUGCUUUGCUUGUGUGCGCUGGGAUUGGUGCACAGCGACGCCACACUGGCUGCAGCUGCCCUGACUGAGCUGCUAAAGCAAGGGUCCGCCUCAGGGGGGGUCGUAGAGCAGCGAUGUCUGCUCACCUGCUCCUUGCUGGCCCUUCAGGGCAACUACAGUGCAGUGCAGAGAGAGGCCUCCAGAGCUGUGCACAGUAAUCCUGGAAAUCCCUCCCUUUGGGCUCUUUUGUCCAGAGUGAUACCUCAGUACUACCCCAGAAAGGCUCAGGGGGGCGCAGUAGCUGGCCACAUCGCCUGUCUCUUUAGUAUGACUCAAGGGAAGAGGGCGCUGUUGUGCAGCGGCGUGAACCAAGUGGCUUGUGGGAGACAUACUGGAGAGGAUCCUCGCAGGAAUGCGCUGAAGACCAUGCAGAAAGCUGUCCUGCUCUGCCCCGAUGAUCCAGCAACAUGGGCUGGAUUAAUGGCAGCCUCUCACGCCGAAAACACCUCCUGUUAUCUUUCUGGCUCUGCUCCUCGCCGACAUUCACUGGAACACACUCUGAUGUCUGUGGUUUCUGAGAAAGUGCGUAGCGUGGAGGAGACGGAGCGCCCCCUAACCGAGGCUCUGGAGGGCUGGGUGUUGCAGCAGGCCGUGUCUGGUCUCAUGCAACAAGGACAGCUGGAGCAAGCAGAGGCUCUCUGCACGCAGGUUCUCAAUGUGUCCCCGGAGCACCCGGCAGUGAUGCUGUCGCUGACGCAGGUUCAGUGCCAGCGCCUCCUCAUGACUGAUGGUGGUACCGUCCUUACAGAGCAGGUCCUGGAGCAGCUAAACAAAGUCGUAAUGAUGAACCCCACCAACCUUGGAGCAUGGCAUUGGCUGGCUGAGGUGUACCGCAGCCAGGGCCUCCUGGUCCAGGCGGUGAUGGCUUACAGACAGAGCCUGCAGCUUGCCCUGCAGCUGGGCGCUCACAGCUUCCAGAUCGCCAGCCUCCUCCGACUGGCUCUGCUGGCUCUUGGACCCUGCAUGGCUGGAGUCCCUGGAAACGAGUGGAAGGAUCUUGUUAUGGAAGCCACUACGGAGGUUUUGAAGCUGGGCUCUUCUCCCAUGGCCCUCCUCUUCCAGGCUUUGCUCCAAUAUGUGACCAAGAUGACUGCAAGGGAAACGAGGCGUUUGCUGGAGAGGUCCGUGUAUGUUUCAUCUGAUGAUUUCCCAGUAACGGUGGUGCAGGUGGCGAGUUGGUACCUCCUCAGACACUUGCAUGCCAAAAACGAUCAAGAACUCAUUAAUGUUCUUCUGCAACAUGCCAAAAUGAAUGGAAAUCAAAGGUUGUUGGAUUUUUACACAGAACUAACAUCUUCCUCAUCAUGAAUUUUGCAUCUGCAUCGCUUUGCAUGUAAUGCAAUUAGCAGAAAACCUAAGUGAGGCUCCAGUAGCACCAACUGAACCUUUUUUGGAUGUUGCUGACAAAUGUAAAAA